CAAAUCGGCAACUCAGUCCAUCAGAAACAUCGGAUCGCGUAAGAUCGAGAAACGUGUUUCCUGCAUCUGUACAUAUUCACGUAUACACAUGCACACUGAUCUCCGCUAGUAACGUUCGUUACAUAUACCUACUCUCGUGGAUCCUUCGUCAAUUUCAAUAUUUUUGUACACAAAAAAUAUCGGGACAGAUCGACGGACAAUUUCGAUUAUGAUGGUGUGACGUGAUAUUGUUCGGAAGCUGAUUGAUCGUUGUUGCGUUUCCAAUGAACAUGAAUAGUACACCGCCAAUCGACAGGAUGUCGAACAUCUACAACAACUCGAUGGUUCGAUUCUACAAUCUAGUGUUCCAUGACUUAUCCGAUCCUAGGACGAAAGACUGGUUCCUCAUAACAUCGCCAGUACCUGGUGCCAGUAUUCUAAUCGGCUAUUUGUAUUUCGUUCUGUCAUGGGGUCCCAGGCAUAUGGAGCACAGGAAAGCAUACCAGCUAAAGAACACUCUAGUCAUCUACAACUUCCUUCAAGUUCUGCUUAGCUGUUGGCUCUUCUACGAGGGUCUGGACGCCGCCUGGCUUCGAAAGUACAGCUGGAAAUGUCAGUCAGUCGACUAUUCCUAUUCACCGGAAGCUCUCAGGAUCGCCAGAGGGGUAUACAUUUACUUCUUGGCUAAGAUAUCGGAACUCCUGGACACGGUGUUCUUCGUUUUGCGGAAGAAGGAGAAUCAAAUCACGUUUUUGCAUCUGUAUCAUCAUACUGUGAUGCCGAUGGUCUCAUGGGGGGCCACCAAGUACUAUCCUGGGGGACAUGGUACUUUCAUAGGUGUUAUUAACAGUUUCGUCCACAUCAUUAUGUACACGUACUACUUGCUGGCAGCUUUAGUACCUCAAUAUCAGAAGUACCUGUGGUGGAAGAAAUACAUCACAACUCUUCAAAUGGGACAAUUCUGCUUGGCCUUCUUACACAGCUGUCAACUGCUCAUCUACGACUGCGAUUAUCCAAAGUGGUCUUUGAUCUUGAUUCUACCAAACGCAAUGUUCUUCUACUUCCUGUUCGCCGAUUUCUACAACCACGCGUACAGCAGCGGCAAGAGGACGAAAUCGAUCGAACAGAAGAAUGGAACCGAGAAGAAAAUGGUUAAUGGAAAUAUGCAGAAUGGAAAAGGAAAGACGGACUAGUCUGAAAGCGUUGAUUCUCCGUGUAAUAUAUUGUGGUUAAUUAAUGAUUACACGAAGUUCUUGGUGAUCGUGUGUUCGACUUGUGCGGUGGAGACAGUUUGAAGGACAUUUUCGUUUUGGGGAAAUCAAAUGUGAGCGUGGUUGGAUUUUUUCUUUAGGGGAAAUGGAAUCUCUAGGUGUUAGGUUUAGAGAAAAUUGAUUUGUGGAGACUUUGGAGAUGGUAGUUUUGAAGUGGGGGAAAUUCGGAAUAUGGGAAGAGUAAAUAUUGAAAUUUGAGAAUUUGAGAAAUUGGGAAUUUUAGAAUUGGGGAGCUUUGGAAUUGAGGAAUUUUGGA